GGAGGGAAGACGCUCCUCGUGAUAUGGACUAUGAAAAAGUAAGGAAAAGGAGGGCCCACAUGCAAUUUCUGGGCAAGUGAGUCCAGAAUCGGCCACACAUUACGCUGCCCAAUGUGCCCUUGUCCUAUGCCCCUUCCGCCACAAUUUCCCCGUAUUCACCAUCUAUCAUAAUGAGCAUGGAAUCAAAUUCAUUAUUAACGUGCCAACAAAACCAUUUCCUCCGUCACAUUCUUGUCUAUCCACUUUUAAUCCUACACGUACACCUGUCUCCUGCUGGCUUUCCUUUGUAACCAUCAGGAUUCAUGUCGUCAGUUGAUUAUCCAGAGAAUAACACGUGUCCCUCAACAGCCUUCCCCUACUGUUGCAAAAGCACCAGAUCAUCCCGCGGAUAUGGUAAAAACCGUACCACCAUGUGAAACAUCGUCUCAAAUUUGUGUAUAUAAAGGCGCGUUUGGAUCGUAUGAUGUCUAUCAUACCUCCGCACAGCCAUGGGACUCAACAAUCUCUUCGUCCACCUCUUGAUCCUCUUCUCCCUCGCCGUCGCCGGUCUCUGUGAUGAUGAUUGCAUCUUCACGGUGUACGUGAGAACCGGAUCUGCGAUAAAGGGAGGCACGGACUCCAUCGUCAGCUUACGCCUCUACGACGCCAACGGCUGGUAUGUCGAGAUCCCUAACCUGGAGGCCUGGGGAGGGAUAAUGGAGCCUGGGCACAACUACUACGAGAGGGGCAAUCUGGACAUUUUCAGCGGGAGAGCGCCGUGCUUGACCGCGCCGGCGUGCGCCUUGAACCUCACUUCCGACGGAUCGGGCGACAACCAUGGCUGGUACUGUAAUUACGUGGAGGUGACCACAACGGGGCCCCACGUACCCUGUGCUCAGCAGCUGUUUACAGUGGAGCAGUGGCUGGCCACCGAUAUCUCUCCUUUUGAACUCACCGCCAUAAGGAAUUCCUGUUCCUACGGCGUUGACCGUCUGUCUCAUGCCGUGAUGAAGUCUUCUGCUUCGUCUAGUAUGUAAGAAGUGAGAAGCAAUUAAAGUGUAGUAGGGUUUUGGAUGUCUGCCAUUUUAGAAUGGAUAAGAUCCAUCUCUUUCUGUCUCAGUCUCUCAGAUUUGUACCCUCAGUGUGUGUAUGAUGGACUACUACUGUCUUAAUUACAUCGCCCAAUAGGGCUUCUUCUUUACCUUCUCACAUCCUCAUUUCUGUUCGUAAUGAUGCGAAUACAAGUAAAUUUGUUGA